CUACAAGAUAGCGCACACGCUCCAAGAGAACACCAAACGCAUUGGAAGAGGGGAAGCAAGGAAAAUAUGUAGUAAAAAAAAGAAAGAAGGAUUUGUUUAUAUUGGGAGUUAUUUUGUUACGAGAGAAGCCAGGAAUAAUAUAGGACCAAGAAACUGGAUUCUUGUCAUUUUCAACAAUAGAUUUCUGCCUUCAUCGAAAACGAGAUGGCGAAGUAGCGGAAUGUGUAAUUAGGAGGAGCCACAUUUAGCCUAGAUGUUUUUCAGUUAAGGCGCACGGAUUUGUUUGGAAUUCUGAAAGGUUAUUUUCGGUUUGCUAAAUCAAGGACCGUGGGUGGGUGAGCAUUUCUGAACUCGGGUUAGAAUCCAUCUGUUUUUGGUAAUGGAUGUUUUUGCUAUAAUCGAACAAUACAUCGAGUUUAUUUCAUUGUUAGUGUAGACACGAAUCGUACAGAUUCUUGCCGAUGACUCAUAGGCUACGUAGAAUUCAGGGUCUACCUUUAUCCUGCCAUAACUAGCUAAUUGUUCUACACAGGCUUUAAACGAAGUAGGCUAUGCUAAUUAUGAAUACGUUAUAGUAAACUAAAAUAUAUAGAUUGAUACAGACAAAUGCCGCAGAGAUUCUGUCUGCGUGGUAUUCCUAACACGUUGUUUUGAUUGAAUUCCUACCUUAAUUACGUCUAGGCCUAUAUAGCUAAUUAACAAACCGCGUAGGCCUAGACUAAUAUUGGAAUACGGUGGAUGCAUAUAACUUACAAUUAUUAUUCCACAACCUAACAUAAUCACGCCUAUGUGUCUUUGCAGUUUUUUUCUUCUUGUCGGCUAGGAAAGGAAUGAUUGCCUAGUUAUUUAAUAUAAUGCAAACCUACCGAUAAGCAAUCGCGCGUGUUCUGUAGCUAAUGGGUAGGUAAUUCUUUAAAAUCUGAUAUUUCGUUGGCUAAUACUUAAAACGCUGUAUUACGAUUCCAUGUUGUUCAGUAGAUUGUAGAAUUAAACCCGAGUGUGAAAGGAAGAGAGGCGGUUACUGAGCUAGCUACUGGGGCAGAGAGCUAACGUUGCAUCCAAGAAAGGUUAGGCUACAUUACAGAGAAGGGGGCACGCUAAAACGGGAAGGGGGUGUUAGGUAAAAUAGAUACAGUGGGAGAAUCAUUCAAUGUUAAUGUCGACCGACGUCGCUUCAAUUAUGCUUCCCGUAACCCGGGGAAUCAUGGACCGGGAUAGGGAAAUGGACACAGCAACCGGAGCACAUACAAACCCGCCUGGAGGCGCAGCCCCUGUUCGGGGGAUGAAACGAGGAGACCCGGAGCCUGACGCACAAUCAGCAGCCACCUUGAGUGAGUUAUCUGGGGCGGAGUGCAAACGACCGCGGAUAGACGGAUCUGCCAGUGUCGGUGAGGUCGGCCAGAACAAUGACCCCUUGACCCCUGGUUUCCAUGGAUACCCACCUCACAGUCAGGGCUCGCAAGAUUCGACAGGGGGUCAAGAGGGGCUUGUGCCUCCACCCUUCUCUGCUUACCCACCACCGCCGCCUCCUCAAAAUGGGCUGGGGGCAGAAUUUGGAGGCAGCUUGUUUGGGGCCGGGGGACAGGGUCCCACGGAGGCCGGGGCAAAUGGCUCAUCAAACGCCCCUAGUAGCCUUAGCGCCCCGCAGACGGACGGCGGUUCUCCAGUGGAGGUGGGGGGUCAGUGCGGGACAGGGACAGGGGGAGUCGUGGCAGCUGGCGGAGGAGACUCCUCGGAGGCCAAAGGGACCCCGAAACGUCUCCAUGUCUCCAACAUCCCCUUCCGCUUCCGGGACCCUGACCUCCGGCAGAUGUUUGGGCAAUUUGGAAAAAUCCUGGAUGUUGAGAUCAUUUUCAAUGAGAGGGGGUCAAAGGGUUUUGGUUUUGUGACGUUUGAGGCUGGUGCGGAUGCUGAGAAGGCCAGGGAGCGGCUCCACGGUACUUUGGUGGAGGGACGUAAGAUUGAGGUGAAUAAUGCUACGGCCAGAGUAAUGACCAAUAAGAAGAUGGUCAGUCCUUACCCGAACGGAGAGGCACUCAGCACACUACCCUACGCAGGGUGGAAGCUGAGUCCGAUGGUGGGAGCCAUGUAUGGCCCAGAGCUCUAUGCAGUUCCAGGGUUCCCGUACUCCUCGGCAGCAGCCGCUGCCUCCACAGCAGCUGCGGCGUUUCGGGGCGCCCACCUGAGGGGCCGUGGCCGCCCCGUUUACAGUGCCGUCCGUGCUGCUGUGCCGCAGCCCGCCAUCUCUGCCUACCCUGGUGUGGUGUAUCAGGAUGGGUUUUAUGGAGCUGCAGAACUGUAUGGAGGUUAUGCAGCCUAUCGCUACGCUCAGCCUGCUGCUGUAACUGGGGCGACCGCCGCUGCCGCUGCAGCUGCAUACAGUGACAGCUAUGGCAGAGUAUACACUGCGGACCCCUACCACGCGCUGGCCCCUGCUGCAGCUGCCGCCUACGGUGUGGGCGCCAUGGCUAGUUUGUACCGGGGUGGAUACAGUAGAUUUGCCCCAUACUAAAAAAAAAAAACCCUCCCCUACCCCGCACCCCUUUGGAUUCCCCUGGGCCUCCAAUCCCUUGUCCAAACUCAGCAUCUGGAAGGUCUCUCUUCCUAGGUCUCAUUUCAACUUGUGGGUUUCGUUUUUUUCUUUUUGGAUGAACGUAUUUAAUGAAGAUGGAUCCGCUUUUAAUCAGCUAGUGUCUAGUAACUGGACUCUGUCAUCAUUCAGCAGGAGAGGAAACUGCCACGGUUGCCAGGUGAUGCCUGUGAAACUCCAGGAAAGCUACCAAACGCAACACAAGUGCAACACAAAUUCAACAUCACUACUUCACUUUACUGGGCAACCUGAUGCAUAUCAGGAUUAGAUCUGCAGCAGUAGGUUCUACAGUCGGUAAUGCGCGCACACACACGCACACACGCACACACACACACGCACACACGUGUAGUUACACACUCUGCGAGCUUGCCCAACUCAGGCCCACUGAAAUAUACACUAUCUGACCAGCAGACAGUCGUAGUAAGGUUAAUAUAAAGUGUGUGUUUAAAUUUGUAUUGCUGCUGAGGCAACUUUCUAUUUCAUUUCCAUCAGCAAGCCCUGUCCUAGUAAUUAAAGUCAGGGGUGAUAUCUGUCUGCAUCAGUCCUCCAAACAAACACAACCGCACUGAAUGCCAACUAUUCAGAAACACGCAUUCUACUCUGACAGGAAAAUGGAGUGACCCUGGUAGUUAAAUGUGUUAUGACAGAUAUGGAAACCAUGGCAACACCAGUAUGGACUUUGCAACAUCGGGAUGACGCAGUGGUGAAGGGACAAUGCGGAAACUCCAAAAAGGAAAUGACACAAGCGGAGUGAGGAACUUUUUUGUUUGAAGAGGAGGGGGAUAAAACUGCAGUUUCCCAGCAAAACCAACUUGGAUUGAAAAUGACAAGGAAAAAACUAACGAAAAGACUUGUUUUUGUUCCGCAUUACCUCAUUUUUUUUUUUUUUCUUCUAUCUGGAAUAAAUAUAACAUUAAUAAUGAUAAAAUUCAAAUCAAUGGAAUUGGAAUGAGUUGGCCACCAAAAUGAAAAGAUAAUUAUUAUUAUUCACAUUUUCCAGUUAAUUAUUCCUCAUUAUUGCUGGUUAUUAGUAUUACAGAUAUGACUAUUAUGGCUGUUGAUGUUUCAGUUAUAUUACAGUGGCAUAAGUAUUCUGAUCUGAAUCAUGCACUCAUCACACAAGGGUACACACUGACCCUUUUUACCGAAGACUGCUGAAUAAUACACAGUUUAUUAGUGGAACAAAGAGGGGGGAGAGAAGUGACUUGAGGAGCUUCUAAAGAAUUAUUUGAACCCUUUGCGCUACACGACUACAUUCCAUUCCAGAUAGGGUCAAUAUUUUACACAAAAUGGGUCAGGGAAGCAAGGUGUGUGCUGGACAAACUCGGUCAAGAAACCUUUUUAAUUGACAACCAUUUGAAUGACUGACGGUUAACUCAGGGUUUGAGAGAAGUCGUCGGACACAAACGUUACAAAUGUACCCUUUAAAAUGUCAUUUGCAGUUUGUUUUCUUCUGCUUUCCGUCAAUUAACGACACCAUCCCUCCCCCCUCAGAAAGUGGAACAGUCCUAAUUGUGUCCUUAAACACCUUUUCAGGAGUUUGUGUGUGAAUGGUUUAGUCUGGUAUGUAAGUCGGUCACUGCCUUUUGCUUUUACAGUCAGAGGAUGUGACGAUGUAUAAAUAGUCUUCGUUGUAGUAUUAUGUAUAUCUCCAUAUACUCUGAAUAUGUUAUCACUGCUUUUCUUUUGGUUCCAAAGAUUCUUUAAAAGCACAUUUUUGGUCAAGUGUAUACACAUUAUUGUACUUUUUCAUGAUUGUUGUUGCUGUUAUUUUAGCUCGUUAUAUUCUCUUGUUUGUUAAAAUUGUAGUUCUCCGAAUAAGUUACCAUUUUCAGUCUGUUUCAUCUGCUCAGAAGGCUUGUGGAAUUUAAACCGCACUAUCAAGAGAGGAGGAAAGCAGUAGUGUGAACCUUGGUGGUGUUCGUUUAUCCCGACCGUUUCAAAAGUGUACAGAACUUUACAGGAAUGUUGUUUUAGUGCAAAGGGAGGGUUCGACAUUUGGGAGUCCAUGCGGAAUUGGAACACUAAAGUAGUGUUUUAGGUGUGUGCAUGUGAACGUAUGGAGAGAGGACUGCAUCAAUAGUGAAACUGUCCAAGUUAUCCAACUUGAGAUUGCUGGACAGAGGAGGAGAAUAAAUAUGGGGGCAGAUGAAGAGGAAGAAUCAAAUGUUAAUCCUGAACCCUGUCACAUUUAAUGUACCGGCUGUUUUUAUUUUUUAUCAAGUGGACUGAACCAUCUUCAGGGGCAGUAGGAGGAGGGAACAGGAUCGAGCCAUAUUUCAAUAUUUGAGUUUAUUAACGUUGCUUGCUGAAGUAACAGUUGAAAAAAAAAGAAAAAAUAAUUUAGCCUUUUAAAAUGUAAAAAAGAAAAAUGGAAAAGUUGCCAGGGUCUGUUUUUAAAUCUGGUAAAAUCCCUCUGGUCACAUUUCAAGGCUGAACUGCAGGUGUUCUGAGGCCUAAACCACAUUGAUGGGUAAAAGAUGUGGCUGCAUGGACUAUUCAGUUGGUGAAAGUCGUGUCAUGUUUUUAAAGUAUUAAUAAAAGGUUAUGAUUGUAGAGCUA